AGUACAACCAUCUCUGCUGAAUUGAGAAUCAUAAAAACCUUUUCCCCUUUUUGUUUUACAUAGCCAGUGAGGUGUAAUAGUUUCUCUAUUGGACAAAUCCCUGUUGUCCUUUCGACUGAAAAGGCUGAAUCUCUUUAAUUCAGGCAGGCUCUUAAAGCAGACAGGUUUUUAAAAACUAGCCAGGCAGUGCUGCUGCUGUUCCAAUUGUUUUUAACAGUUUUUUAACUUGGUUAUAAUGUGAUUUUAACUGACUUGUUUUUAAUAACUGUAUGGCAACUUCUAUUCUAAUAUUUAUAUUGUAUAGGUUUUAAACUGUAUUAAGGUUGUGAGCUGCUCUGGGUUUUCAUUUCAGAAGAAAUGCAGGGAAUAAUAAUAAUUAUUAUUAUAAUAUAUUUCUUCCAUAUGAAUUGCAUUAUAGAGUCAGUUUAGACCCAUACAAAAUAGUUCAAUGCAGUGUAGACCCAUAUAAUGCAGUUCAGUGCAGCAUAGUAAAGGUAAAGGUUUUCCCCUGACAUUAAGUCUAGUCGUGUCAGACUCUGAGAGUUGGUGCUCAUCUCCAUUUCUAAGCCGAAGAGCUGGUGUUGUCCGUAGACGUCUCCAAAGUCAUGUUGCCGGCAUGACUAUAUGGAGAGCUGUUAACUUCCCGCUGGAGCAGUACUUAUUGAUCUACUCAUAUGUGUAUGUUUUCAAACUGCUAGGUUGGAAGAAGCUGGGGCUAACAGCAGGAACUCACCCCAUUCCCCGGAUUUGUACCAUAGACCUUUCGGUCAGCAAGUUCAGCAGCUCAGCGGUUUAACGCGCUGUGCCACCGGGGCUCCACUACACCCAUAUAACGUAGCUAACGCAUUUCAAUACAGUGUAGACAUCACUAAUGCAGUUCAAUGCGGCAUGGAUUCAUAUAAUGCAAUUCAAUACAGCUUAGACCUAUCUAAUGUAAUUCAAUACAGUAUAAACCUGUCUAAUACAGUUCAAUGCAGCAUAGGCUCAUAUAAUGCAAUUCAAUACAGUGUAGACUAAUGUAUUUCCAUGCAGCAUAGACUCAACUAAUGCAAUUUAAUGCAGUUCAAACUGCAUUAUAUGGAUCUACACUGAUGAUAUAAUGCAGUUUGAACUGCAUUAUAUGGCACUAUAGAUCCAGCCUUUGUGACAGUUUCUUCAUCUUUAGAUCUGAAAAUCAAGGGAUGUUUUCAUGAUUUUAAUUCUUAACCAUGGGUUAGACCCAUGGCAUGUCCACUGACAUUAAAUUUCCGAUCUGCGAGCUGCCUGUUGCCAUGAGACACCUUUGCCGUUGUCUAAGGGUUCCUAUUACUCGUAAACCCAUAAGCCAAUAUAAAUUAUUUAUUCAGUUUCCAUCUCUGUUACUUGAAUGAGAGGUGGGUGUCUGGAAAGGAAAAAUAAGCUCCCUCGGUAAAAAAGUAAGUUAUCAUCCCUCUUUUCUCUCUUUUAAACUUGUUGCAUGAGAUGUGUGUACUUGAACAACUUUCAGAGGAAAAAAACCAUUCUAUUAUUUUUAACCUUCAAUUCAUGAAGAAAUGUCAUAUUAGCCAUGCGAACCCCUCGUGCCCAAAUCUAUUACUGCAUCCCGAUAUAUUUAAAUUUCAAAAGACAGAUGGCUGAUUAAGAAUAGAUGUGAUGAACCUUAGAAAUGAUUGUGGUCAUCUGGAUGCAAAAUGUAAAUGCAUUUUAAUUGCUUUCGCACUAUGUUAUGAAAGAAUCAAUGUCAAUCAAUCUCUUUAUUUAUAGCCUGCCUUUUCCCAAAGACUGAAACAUGCCACUGAAGGGGCUGCAGCCUUUAAAAACUAAAGCAAUACUUAAGUUAUUCUCUGUGCAUCUGCCUUGAAGCAGCUUGUUGACUUAGUAUGACCUCAUUGAUUUCAUUGUAUUUUCUUAGGCUAGAAAUACUCAAAGUUGAUUUGCUAUUUCUUUAUUCAUUAUGUAUUAUAUCAUUCUAUUUCUAUUGUAUUGAAGGUGUUCUGGCCCAACAGGACAUUUCUCUUCUGGUUUAUUGCCAUAGAUCUAUACUGUAGAAUUGAUGCAACUUGACACCACUUUAAUUGCCCCAGCUUAAUGCUAUGGAAUCAUGAGAGUUGUAGUUGUCCAAGUGCCAUAGGAUCCUGAUAUUUUUGUGUUGGAUUCUUUUGACACUUGUACAGACCAAGCAAAGUUAAAAUAAUUAAAGAAAAAAAGUAAAGUGACUGUUUAUCAGAGAACAGCUGUGCAACCGUCAAUGAUGGGAAAGGAAAAGGGAGGUCUGGGAGGAAGAGUGGUUGAAAGAUGUUUUGUCACAUUCUCUACCACUUGCCUACAUUUGGUGAAAUGUUCCAGCUCCUGAAAAGAUGUUGCAAGAACCACUCCACGAAAUUAAUUUGAUACGGCGUCCAUUGAGGCACCUGGUGACCUGCUUGGCAUUCCAGCUCCUGAUCUGUUGCUGCUCUUUGGCCCUUACUCCGACACUGUCGCCACCAAAGCAUGUGAUAAUAAAUGGUGAAAGGAAGACCUUACUAGCAUGCCUAGUGAGAGACCUCUCCAAGGAUGCUUCUCCGGCUGUUUUGUUUUCCAAUGGAAAUGGGAGCAUGCUGGCAUCUUCCGUCUAUGGGAUUUCCGGGGAAGAAGAUGGUACUUUCAGUGCAAUUUCUCAAAUUUCCAUCAACACCCAAGAUUUUGAAUCCUGGAAUACUGUUGUUUGCUAUGUGGCACAAAACCAAACCUCACAGAGAUGGAACACCACCUCUCUUCAAUUAUCUGAAAACACUAUGGGGGAGUUGUGCCUAGAUGAAAACCAAGGAGACCAGGCAUUGCCUGCUGAGAUUCUGCAUAACCGCACACAGGCGCUGGUUCUUUUGACCAUCAGAAUGCUGCUGUUCAAGAUGCUCCUGUUUGAUGUAUUGAUGACCUGUUGCAUCAUUUUCAAGAAAUAAGUCAUUUCAUCUCACCCAAAUCCCCCAACUAUUCUUCAGUUCAUCUACACAGAAUCUGAGGCUGGGUCCUUCUGUAUUAUCUCUACAUUGAAAAAGCGAGCGAGCACAAGGAGAAAAUGUAACCAGCACUUUGAGUUUGAUGCAAAGCAGUAUGACUCUGUAUCAUUGUGGAAUACAUUCAUGGACUUCAAAUGGAUACCUGAAGCCAUGGGCAAUAGCAAACCUUAUAGAAAAAAAGGACUUCCAGCCCAGGAAUCUCAUUGGGUCACUCUGGAAGAUUAAUAAAAUGCCUACAGACAACA